AUGGCCGGACUCAGGCCCUCAAACUUGUCCCCCCUGCCGGUUAGUGGUGGGAGCGGGUCCAGAGGGCCAGUGCCGGUGCAGGCUGACCCUCCGACCUGGUUGAGCGCUCGGGCGGCCACCGGCAGCCUGAUGGUCCGGCCUGGCGUCCAGCCGGGGCUCUGCCCAGGCCCUGAGAUGUGGGGGGUGCCCUUGGGGCCCCCGCCCUACGAAUUCCUGAACGGGAUGGUACCCUGCCGGCCCCGGAUCGGAGCUGGCAAGGCGGGGGCCUGGUUCCAGAGCCCCUCGGAGAGCGCCUUCCGCUGGCCCUACAUCGUCCUGCGGUGCAUCCCAAAGUCGGCGCUGCCGGAGGACGUCUCGGCCAUGGAGAAAGAGAUGGAGCAGCUGGCCAAGGAGCUCAGACAGAGGAGGAUGAUCCUUGGAUACUCGCAGGCCGACGUGGGGUUCGCUGUGGGUGCCCUUUCUGGAAAGGUACUUAGCCAGACGACCAUCUGCCGCUUUGAGGCCCAGCAGCUCAGUCUCGCCAACAUGUGGAAGCUGCGACCACUGCUGAAAAUGUGGCUAGAGGAAGUGGACACCAAGAACCUUCUGGGCUUAUGCAGAAUGGAGAUGAUCCUGCAACAGGCUCGGAAGCGGAGACAGGCAAACAGGGAGAGACGCAUCGGAAACAGCCUGGAGAAACUCUUCCUGCAGUGCCCGAAGCCCACACCCCAGCAAAUCAGCUUCAUCGCUGGGCAGCUCCGGCUGCAGAAGGACUUGGUCCAAGUUUGGUUCUAUAACCGGAGCAAGAUGGGCAGUCUGCCAGCCAAUGAUUUCUUCCCACCUGAGGAGGUGGGGGUUGCCAGGCCUCCUUUCCCAGGGGAACCGAUGUGCUUUCCCCUAGCAUCAGGGCUCCGUUUUAGUCCCCCCAACUAUGGGGGACCCUACUUUACACCCUUGUACUCCGCAGCCCCUUUCCCAGAGGGAGGAACCCUCUUCUCCGCCCCCUCCACCACUGUGGGCCUCCCCAGGCUUUCCAACUGA